CAUGAUUGUUGCUGGGAGAGGAGAGAAGCGAGGAUCGAGCUCAUCCGUUUCAAACUGCUGUGGGACCUUCGCAUUUCGCAUAAUCGAUAUUAUUAAACUCUUUCUGGUGCGGUCGACUGUAGAACAGCGAGGUUUUCUUGAUUCCUUUUUGUUUGUCACUUUAUUAGAAAAAAAAAAAGCCUGGCUAUCGGCAGAGUAUUCAAGUAAGUUAGCUUCGGAAGUUUCACGCGCAAUAAUAGAUGAUGAACUUUGGACUGCUGGGUUUCUGUUGUGUUGACAUGUCUUUUGGCGGUCAGAAGAAAUAAACCCGCUUUGCCCGGCGCUGUGGCGGCUGCUGGGCAGGAGGAAGGAGGAAUAUAUUUGGGCUGUAACUUUCGGUGUAGUGAUAUUGAACAACAGUCACUUGCUACGCCGGGAGCCAACAAGAUAUCUACAUGUCUGCUAAAGCUGCCAUAAAUAAGAGUACAACAAUGGAGGAAACUGUAAUAUGGGAACAGCACACAGUGACUCUUCACAGGGCACCAGGUUUUGGGUUUGGAAUCGCCAUAUCAGGGGGCCGUGACAACCCUCAUUUCCAGAGCGGAGAGACCUCUAUAGUGAUCUCAGAUGUGCUCAAAGGAGGACCAGCAGAGACCCUUUUACAGGAGAAUGAUAGAGUUGUGAUGGUAAACGCUGUCUCCAUGGACAAUGUGGAGCAUGCCUAUGCUGUUCAGCAGCUGAGGAAAAGUGGAAAGAAUGCCAAAAUUACUAUCCGCAGAAAGCGGAAGGUGCAGAUUCCAGUAAGUCGAGGGGGAGACAGAGAGACAAUGUCAGAGCGAGAGGAAGAGGAUGACACUGAAGAGGAUGAUUACGAAGGUCCAGCAGCACAUGCAGGGGGAGCGAGUGGAGGCACGAGCAGAAGAAACGAGCGCAGCAGCAGCACCGGAAGACGGGACCAUAGUAAUUCCCGUGAGAGGAGUAUUUCCCCACGCUCAGACAGACGAUCAGUUGUGUCCAACGUCCCGCCACGACCUUCCAAUGUCACACUCGUCAAGUCCCGCAAGAAUGAAGAAUAUGGUCUGCGUCUGGCCAGCCACAUAUUUGUAAAGGACAUUUCUCCUGAGAGCCUUGCAGCCCGUGACGGCAACAUACAAGAGGGAGACGUCGUCCUAAAGAUCAAUGGCACAGUGACUGAGAACCUGUCUUUGAUAGACGCAAAGAAACUUAUAGAGCGAUCGAAAGGCAAGCUGAAGAUGGUGGUGCAGAGAGAUGAGAGGGCCACACUCCUCAACAUUCCAGAUUUGGACAAUAGCAUUCCCUCCGCUAAUUCAGACAGAGAUGACAUUUCAGAAAUUCAUUCACUGGCAUCAGAUCAUUCCCAUGAGCGCACCCGUCGCAGUAGAUCCCGCUCCCCUGAUAAACGCUCGGAGCCCUCUGACAUCUCUGGCCAUUCUCCGCAGCAAAUGAGCAACGGCAGCCACAGGAGUCGUGAGGAGGAGCGCAUCUCUAAACCAGCGGCUGUAUCCACUCCAGUUAAGAUGGCUGAGGAUGCACUUCUGGCACCGUCUACAGAUCAGCCCGGAGACAAACAGAUCCCUCCCCUGCCAGAGCCAAAACCAGUGUAUGCACAACCUGGGCAACCUGAUGUUGAUCUGCCAGUCAGCCCCUCUGAUGCCCCUGUGCCCAGUGUCACCCAUGAUGACAGCAUCCUUCGGCCUAGCAUGAAGCUGGUGAAGUUUAGGAAAGGAGAAAGUGUAGGAUUGAGGCUGGCUGGAGGAAAUGAUGUAGGGAUAUUUGUGGCUGGUGUGCUGGAGGACAGUCCUGCUGCUAAGGAAGGCCUGGAGGAGGGAGACCAGAUACUCAGGGUUAACAAUGUUGACUUUGCAAACAUCAUUCGUGAGGAAGCAGUGCUGUUCCUGCUGGAUCUUCCCAGAGGUGAAGAGGUCACCAUCCUGGCUCAAAAGAAGAAAGAUGUGUACCGGCGAAUAGUGGAGUCUGAUGUGGGCGACUCCUUCUACAUCAGAACACACUUUGAAUAUGAGAAAGAGUCUCCUUACGGGCUGAGCUUUAAUAAGGGAGAGGUGUUCAGAGUGGUGGACACGCUCUACAAUGGAAAACUGGGCUCCUGGUUAGCCAUCCGCAUCGGGAAGAACCACCAGGAGGUGGAAAGAGGCAUCAUUCCCAACAAGAACAGGGCAGAGCAGUUAUCAAGCGUACAGUACACACUCCCUAAAACUGCAGGCGGCGACCGAGCUGACUUCUGGAGAUUCAGAGGGCUACGUACCUCAAAGAGGAACCUGCGGAAGAGUAGAGAAGAUUUGUCAGCUCAGCCUGUUCAGACCAAGUUCCCUGCUUAUGAAAGGGUGGUUCUUAGAGAGGCUGGGUUCCUGAGACCGGUUGUGAUCUUCGGGCCAAUCGCAGACGUGGCACGAGACAAACUGGGGAGAGAGGUGCCUGACCUGUUCGAGCUUGCAAAGACACAGCACCCAGAUGGAAGGGAAAAGAGUGAACCCAGAAAUGCCGGUACUGACCAGCGCAGCUCGGGGAUCAUACGCCUUCACACUAUCAAACAGAUAAUCGACCGGGACAAGCAUGCAGUGUUGGACAUUACUCCUAAUGCAGUGGAUCGGCUGAAUUAUGCUCAGUGGUAUCCUAUCGUGGUGUUCCUGAAUCCUGACAGUAAGCAGGGCGUGAAGACCAUGAGGACUAGACUGUGUCCUGAGUCUAGGAAGAGUGCUAGGAAACUCCAUGAGCGUGCACUCAAACUGAGAAAGAACAACCACCAUCUCUUCACAGCCACCAUUAACAUGAACAACAUGAAUGAUGGAUGGUAUGGAGGAUUGAAGGAGACCAUUCAGCAGCAGCAGAACCAGCUGGUGUGGGUCUCAGAGGGCAAGGCGGACGGCGCACCUGACGAUGAUCUGGACAUUCACGAUGACCGUCUGUCCUACCUGUCCGCCCCUGGUAGCGAGUACAGUAUGUACAGCACGGACAGCCGUCACACCUCAGACUACGAGGACACUGACACAGAGGGUGGAGCCUACACGGACCAGGAACUAGACGAGACCCUGAACGACGAGGUUGGACCCCCAAGCGAGCCCGCCAUCACACGCUCCUCGGAGCCUGUCCGGGAGGACCUGCCCGUCAUCCAGGAACCUCCUGGAUAUGGAGGGUACCAGCCUGAACCGCUGAACCGCAUCGACCCAGCAGGGUUCAAGGCCCCUGCACCUCAGCAGAAAGCAGAGGCUGCUCUCCCAACGCAGCCUGAGCCGCUGGCAGAGACAGCGCCCCCUGCUGUUCAUGUAAAUGUAGGGGCCCUGAGUGCCAAGGAUCUCCCGGUCACCCUCACUCAGGGGGAUUUCAGCCCAGAGGCUGGCUCUCUCUUCCCACCUGCCCCUGAGCUAGCUCAACCCCCGUCUCCCGACCCCAACCAAUCUGGACAACCUGGGUCAGAGUCCAAGAUGUACAAGAAGGAUAUCUACCGAACCAACGAGCAGAUGCAGGUGAGCCAAAACCCUAUGCAGCCCAACUACAACCCCCAGCAGCCCCUCUACCAGGAAGACAAGCCAUACAGAGAUUACGACCACCAGCCUAGUCGCUAUGAUGGGGGCUACAUGGAAUCAAAGGCUCGUAACUUUGACCCUCACCUACAUUUUGAAAACAGCGUGCCUCCGUAUGAUGAGCAAUGGGCUCCGUAUGACCACACCUCUGGAUACGACCCUCAUAUGCCGUACGAGGAUGGUCUAGACCACAUGUAUGGUCACCCUAAGACGCGGCACGAUACGGGCUACGACACGGGUCGACCUCGUUAUGGCAAACCUAGCCCUGGACCGGUCCGACACGACGAACCACCCCUUGCGCGGCCACAGUACAACCAAGAACCACUUCCUCACACUCAAGCCACCUCCCGCUCCCCUGAGCCCCCCAAACAACAGUACUACGACCCCUCCCAGAGACCUUCCUACGCUCAACCACCACAGAGGGCCUACAUGAAUUCGGAGACCUCUGUGUCCCCUCACAAACCGGAGUCCCUCUCACCUACAGCAGAACAUGAACUUCCUCCUCCAGCCGAGGCAGAGGAAGAUCCAGCCAUGAAGCCCCAGUCCGUGCUCACAAGGGUUAAGAUAUUUGAGAACAAGCGAUCCGUGUCUGUGGACAGAGCAAAAGAGUCUACAAACUCUGGUAUUCGGCCUGUGGACAUGGUGCCUAAACCUGGCGCUGCCUCUGUGCCCAAAGCCAAUUCUUUAAGUAACCUGGACCAAGAGAAGGCCUUUAGAUCUCCAGAGCCACAGCAGCCCCACCCUAAGGCAGCAGAUGAUAUCAUUCGCUCGAAUAACAAUGACCCUGAGGAGGAUGAGGAGUACUACAGGAAACAGCUGUCUUACUUCGACCGCCGAAGCUUUGAUAGCAAACCCUCCGCACAGCUGACACCUGCCAUCAAGCCAGUCCAACCCCAGACCCAACCAGGGUACUACCCCAGGACAGAGUCAGUGGAGAAGAUCAACCCUGUUGCUCCAGCCAACCCAGCGGUCCCACCCCCGACCCUGCCUAAACCUGCAGCGACCCCACCGCUAGACCCACACGGAUCUCCUAAAGUGAAGCCUCCAAGUCAUGAAGACAAAGUUCAGAGCACCUACCUGCCUCAGAAAAGCUUCCCAGAGAAAUCUCCUGUUAACGGCACCGGUGAACCUCCAAAGACCAACAGCACUGCCACGUCCAGCUACAACCGUUUUGUGCCCAAGCCGUACACCACCUCUGCAAGGCCCUUCGAACGCAAGUUUGACAGCCCCAAGUUCAACCACAACCUCUUGCCUAAUGACUCUCAAAAUAUGAAAGAUAAUGUGAAAGCUCCUAUCAGUACCACAGCCAAACCACAGAGCUCAUCCCACUCGACAGACCAUGACAGCGGACUGGACACCUUCACCCGCACCAUGGACCAGAAACCGAAAUACCAGCAGAACAACAUCAACGCUGUACCCAAGGCAAUACCUGUCAGCCCGAGUGCUUUGGAGGACGACGAUGAUGAUGACAGCCACACGGUGGUGGCGACGGCGCGGGGCAUCUUCAACUCCAACGGCGGGGUUCUGAGCUCCAUUGAGACGGGGGUGAGCAUCAUCAUCCCUCAGGGAGCGAUUCCUGAUGGCGUGGAGCAAGAGAUUUACUUCAAAGUGUGUCGGGAUAACAGCAUCCUGCCUCCUCUGGACAAAGAGAAAGGUGAAACUCUGCUGAGUCCUCUGGUGAUGUGUGGUCCUCACGGUCUGAAGUUCCUGAAGCCAGUGGAGCUCCGCCUACCUCACUGUGCGUCUAUGACCCCUGAUGGUUGGUCUUUUGCUCUAAAAUCCUCCGACUCCUCGUCGGGUGAUCCUAAGAGUUGGCAGAACAAAUCACUCCCUGGAGAUCCCAACUACCUGGUUGGAGCCAACUGUGUGUCUGUGCUUAUUGACCAUUUCUGAGGAGGGCAACCUUUACUGAAUGUGGAACCAGUUUAAAAGAGAGGACCUUCCCCCUUAUGAACACACACACACACACACAUACUCAUACAUACAGUACACACAAGAUGAAGGCUACGCACUAUGCUACACUAAAUGAAGGGUCUCCUGACUGUGCUCUGGCUUUGUUUACGGUAACCUCAGAGACUGGAGGGAGGGUUACAUUCUAUGAAGUGCUGUUUUAAUCUCCUCAUCGUCCUCUUCACGUUUGCUUUAUCUUUCACUUCUUUUUUUUAAAAGUGCUUUUAAAGGCUUUCGAGGAUAACAAAAACAGACAUUAACCAUCGAUGGACUGCAUGCUCUGUGCCACUGACCAAUUAAUAUUCACACUGUAAGCCAACUGUAAUAUUUUGCGACACACAACUUGUGUAUAUUUUUUAAAGGAUGUAUUAGGUUCUUCCAUUCAGCCUAGGCUACUUACACGUAUAGACUAUAUACAUCUGCAAAUGUAUUUUCACUUUAUAUAGUAUGCACACUAUACCGUUAUGAUUAUAAUGUAUAGUGCAACUUUUCUAGAAUAUCGAAUUCUAGUUUUAGGAUUUUCAAUCGAGCAGUCGAAGUGUACAUCUGACACAUUUCCUCAUGACUUUUAUCAUGUCAAGGUGCAGGAUUCAGUGCUAGAUACGAGCUUUAAGGAAAGAGUCGGAGAGAAUUGGCAUAUGAAGAAUAUACCGUAUGAAAUUUUCUAGCCAAGGACACGUCACUUAAGGCUCACCUUUUUUAAAUGGCUCCUUUGUAGACACCACUAGCCUCCUCACAGACCUGUGAACUUGAGCACUGGAACAUUCCUGCUGUGUCGAGAUCUAUGCAUGUGCUUUGACUCAGGUGUGAAGACUGCUGCUCUUUCCUCUCCCCUCUUUCUCUUCCAGAUUCUUCCUCACUCCCUCUUUCUCCCUCUCUCUCUCAAACACUCCAUCUAAAGCAGUGAUGCCUUAUCUGAAACGACACACUUUUUUCAAUAACAAAAACCUUUUUGGUUUCUUUUUGCUAAGUUGUUCUAAAGAUAUAUUAUGAAGAAACUGAAGUUGUCUCUCUGCCAUUUUUGUCAACCCGCUGUAGAAAUAAACAUGGGUGUUGCGCACAUGAACAGCGUGAAGUCUAAGAACAGGUUUUCUCUUUUUAUCUGCUAUGCACAUGACUUUUAAAGAGAAACACAAAUAAAAGACGGGAGGACGGAUAUCGAUUGGCUGUACAUAAAGCUAGCAUAUUGCCUUCAUUUUUGGUUUGUAAAUGACUUUUUUUUGUAUGUCUUUAUUAUUUUGUAUAAAACUUAAAAGGGGGAAACCGUUUAUAAAAGAGGAUGAAUGAAAUUAAAACUGUUGUCUUUGUAUUUUGGUUCUACCCUUGAGCCUUGGAACGUGUACUUGGCAGUAAUAAUAUCACAUUUUCUACAGAUACACACUAAACGUAAGUGGUUUUUAACAAUAACCAUCUUUUUAUUCUUUAUUUACAAAAAGUGCUUGAUGUAAACUAUUCUCAAAACCUGUUUCUUUUAAACGGUGUGCUUGAAAUGUGUUCAUGCAUUAUUUGUGAUACUGGAUGCUACAUUGUGUGUCCUGAAAUGUAUUUUUGUACUAAUAGAUUUAUUAUGGCACACCGGAAGACUUCUUUUUUCUUUAGACAUUAUAACACAGCUUUGACUGGUCAUUAGCUAUUCACAUGUGGCAGAGUUUGUUCCCUUUUCAACACAAUUUCCAGUUUGCCACUGUAUUAAAAAAAUAAAUCAUUUUUAAAAUA